AGCAAACUGACAAACCAGCACGGGUUCAUUCUGAUCUCGGUUUGUUUGUUGUUCCACUCAUUUAUCCUUCCAGAAUCGCAGAAUGGAGCGCUCCGGGCUCACUGGGCAGUACGCCAUCUGGCAGAUUGUGCUCCAUUCUCUUUCUCUGGUGCUCUGCAUCGCGAUCAUUGCCGCGGCCAGCUAUGCGACGAGUUUUGGGUUCGGGUACGGGGAAGGAAUGGCAAGCUCCUUCGUCGUGGCUUUCUGGGCGCUUGGCGUAGAUGUUGCCGAAAUGGUCGCGCUUGCAGACCCAAAGAAGCGAUUGCGUCGCUGCACAGAGCUCGGCCGAGGCACCCUCGAGAUUUUCACUGCCGCCAUCUGCGUCCUUCUCCCUCUUUUCCUCUACGGAGCGGCUCACUUUACCCAUGGUUGUGUCGACAAGCCAUUGAACGACUGCGAAAAUGGUGACAUCGUGAGGAAAGCUGACCGCGGCGUCACUUUGGCCAUGGAUAUGGCCUUUGCUGUGGCGGGAUUGCACUUUAUCUUUUUCAUCUUUGCAUGUGUCGAGUACUCUGCGAAAAGGAAGCAGACGAAGGGAGAGACCUAAAGACCAGAGACUAGGGGUAUUACAUCGAGCGCUCGACUACAUGGGGACCACCACCAUCGCUUUGGUAGGUGUAUUCAGAAGAUGAUCUGAAGGAAACGAUGUGAAUUACUGUGUACUUGUACGAAAACUGAAGGUCCGCUGAUACUCUAAUGGACUGAAGGGUCUUUGAAUUCUGAUAGAAAGCAGCAGUGCUUGAUUUAUGAGUUACUUUGAGAUAAACUUACCCUCAAGGUAAAACGAAUAGUUGAAAUAGCAGCUGCCUAGGUCCAGCCACGGACCCUAAUAAGAUGCAUUACAUGUUUUCUUUUUGCUUCGCUCA